AUGAGCAUCCGAGUUUGGUAUAGAGCGAAGUUGAAUUUAGGGUUUAUAGUCCGAGAGGGCGAUCUAUCAGGCUUAUUGAGGUUUCAUUCAAUUCAAUUAUACUCUGCACGAUGCACCCCGGGCUUCUCUGAUUAUCUCCAUGACGGUGAUAGCCCCAUUGCUCGUGCUAGAUUGCUGCCGUUUAGUGUUGCAGAUAAAAGAAUGAAAAUGAAGCUAGUCAUAGAGGCCAAGAUUUACUCUUUCGGCGGUGUUCACGUGGGGGCCUGUCCAUUCAAUAUAAAAUGGAAUGUCUUGCGUCUUAUCACAAGCUAGAUACGCCGUAUGCACUUGGCUAACGAUCGCAGCGUUGAAGUUGAUCUUGUAGCCAAUUACCAGUUUUGAUGUGAAUUUUUUCGUUCUGCAGCAGUUGAUUUGAUGUAUUGUAUUUUUUAGUUUUUACUCUUCAAGUAAGAAUAUGUACAUAUCGUUUCCAUAAUGAUAUUUUUCCAUACUGGAGUUGUUGCCUU